AUGUCGUUUCUCACUGGUCUGAUGAAGGCGUCCGUCCUUGCCGUCUUACUCCUGCAGUGGACAACCAGUCAUCCGGUUCUGGGCAGAUACCUUGAAGAAGAAGACAGCAUCACCAGAACGGACAGCUUCUCUCCCAUCGAGCUGUUUCCCAGGGAUGAGGCAGAUAUGACUGUUGAUCUGAGAAGCGGUUCCAGGAGAUCUUGGCUUCAGGCGAGGCAGCUGGGCGACAUCGAGUUCACAAACAGAUACGCCGAUCUUCUCAAAUCCAAAGCUAAAGUCACCUCCAUGUGUUCCUUCCUGAAACGAAUGCAGAACAGCAAGAAAAGCAAAUUCAGCGAAGGUCAAAACCUCUGCUCAGUUGAGGAAACCAUCAUCUUUUUCCCCGAAAACAACACCGUUGAAGCUGUAGUCACUUCACUGACAGCAGACGCGGGGGUCACAGCCAACAUCAUUAAAGAGGUCCCAGCAGGUCUCUUCAGCAUCAACGGCCUCAAUGUCAUCGCCAUCACUGUACUGGACUUUGAGACAUUUGACACAAUGUAUCCCUAUGAAGUGGACAUCGAGUGUACCAAAGAUGGUUUCAGCCCUACAACACUGAAUCUGAGAAUAAUAGUGCAAAACAUCAACGAUAACGCUCCUGUAUUUGAUCUCAGCGAGUACACACUAAAUGUCAAUGAGCUACUAAAAGAGGACACGAGCAUUGGACAAUUCAAAGCGACUGAUGCUGAUGAAGGCGAUCAGAUUUUCUAUCGGCUGGAUCCUCCUGAGGGAGAUUUUGGCCUAGCAGAUGUUUUCAAUCCUAACAUUCUGGUGAAGAAACUUCUGGAUUAUGACAAAGUAAAAAAAGUCACCAUGACUCUUUAUGCACAGGACACACCGUUGUCCUCUACACCGACAGUGUCCCACACCGGCUCCACAACCAUAACGGUCAAUAUCGUAGACGUGGACAAUCGGCCGCCGUGGUUCCAACCCUGUACAGAAUCUCAGAUCGGUAACAGCACAGUGUGCAUCAGCUCUGGCUACACAGGGACGGUCAACUUAACCCAACAAGCGGUAGGUCCUUUGUCCUUGAUGCCAGGUCCGGUCAGAGCCACCGAUGGUGACAAAGGGAUAAACGAACCUAUUGGUUACAGAUUCCUUGAAGAAAAUGAAAUAUUUGAAAUCAACCCUGACAGUGGCGACAUCACGAUGAAGAAACCCGUCGACGUUGCAGGUCCGAUCGUUCUUAUGGUCAUGGCAUUUCAGAAGCAGAACGGUGAUCAGUACGCCACUAACACGGUCAUCUUGAGGGUGGUGUCGGGCAGUAAACACCCUCCCAAAUUUGUGAAACCCAAUUACGAAGGGUUUAUCUCAGAGGACGCAGGUGUGGACAGUCUGGUGCUGGAGAGCAAAACGUCCAACAGACCCCUCCGAGUUCAAGCUACAGAUGAGGACUUUGCUAAUGGGGUGAAUCCUGACAUUAGAUUUGAGGUCAUCGGCGGGACUGACUUCGACAUUACUCCUGAAGGUUUCAUCCUCAUGGUACAGGAGGUUUCCAUAGGAAGUGUGAAUUUACAAAUGAGGGUGGUUGACACGACCAAUGAUGAAUCCAGCACCACCUCUCUCACAGUUGAGGUCACUCCAGAAGACAACCGGUUGCGUGUAGGAGGGUACAGAGCGGAGGAUAUGGCCGCUGUAGGUGCCAGUUUGGCUGUGGUCAUCGUUCUCUGUCUGGUUGGCAUCGGACUGCUGGCGCAUCACGUCAAGAGCCAUAACUCAGACUGGAAGAAACUUUCUGAGGCCAGCGUCUUCAGAAGCAACCUGGGUGGGGGUUCAGGAGGUCCUAAGGAGGGUGUGCAGUACUCUAACGAGGGCUUCCAGCAUGAUGGGGAUCCUGGAAGCGUGAGCUCCGGGCUUGCCGCAGACCUGGAUAUGAAACUGGAGUCCGGGGCGAGGUCUUCGCCGGAGCAGAUGCUCAAAACCGCCUCCGUUCCACAGACGAGAGCCGCACCUGACUCCAGCAGCCUGGCCAGCGCAGAUAUCGAGAAAGAGGUCAAACCCAUCUUGACCAAAGAGCGAAGGGCAGAGGAGGGCUACAAAGCCGUCUGGUUUAAAGAAGACAUCGACCCCAACACUAAAGAGGAAGUGGUCAUCAUUCCUGACACGGGUGAACCGGCAGAUCAUGAUGAAGAUGAUGAUGAUGAAGAUGAUGAGGAACAUAUGAAAACAGAUAUGGAUGAAGAGGCUGCGGGAAGAUUUACUAGAGAUUCAGACUCAGAGGAUGAAGAAGGGUUGACGUCAGAUUUGUAGACUUCUGAUUGGACGAGAGGAGCAAUCCCAGAAGUCUCUUUGGAAGAUGAAGCGGCGCUUGAAUCCAGAGGAAUUGUUGCGUGGCACAAGAUGUUGUGACUGUAAUGGAGAUAAAACAAAGUUAAUGUAAAGAAACUGUGGAGCUUUCCUUGUGUUAUACUACAUGACUAUUGUAGG